AUUGCUUUUUCGUCUGGAUUUUCACCUUUCGCCUGUCCGGCAAGGGAGGCUCUGCUAAUGGUGCCGUUAAUGAGAAAAUACAUGAAAUAGAAUGCCCCAUGAGCGUAUUCACAAGAACGUGCAAAAGUAAAAACUGCACCGCAGUGAAGUGGAACAUUCGACGAAGCGUCGAUCGAAGCGGCCCUAACGGUGCUGUCGAGACCUAACCGCUGCCUGUCAGCGGCCCAGAUUGGCUAUGAAAAUCUCCAGCUCCGCUCUGCUCGCUGCAGGAAGGAAUUUGAACGGGAAUGAAAAAAAGAGGACGUUCUCCACAGUCGAGCGAUGGAGAUUUUUCUCUCCCGGAGAGGAUUAUCGUAAUUCUUCAAGGACGAAGUAAUUUUUAGAACUUUUUAACAACCAACAUUUUUCACUGGCCACCGGUUGACGCCCAUUGAUCUGAUUUGGAGAACACUGCGUCGCUGGCGCAUAGUCUUUGCAUGCCCUCCUUGUCAUCCCGAUGCCUCGGAUUCUCUGGCGAUGAAAUUGACGGAAGAUCGGAGAGCACGCCUUCACAAAAUUAUUGUAAAUGAAGGAGAAAUAAAAGAUGCCAUCUUUACGCCGCUUCAUUAAUUUUGACUUUGUCUUGGGUCGUGAUUCCGAACAGGCUGCAGCGACCAUUAAAAGUAUCGGAAAAUUACGAAGAGCAAAGAAAUUCAAG